AUGCCCUUAACCCCUUCAAUGCGGAAGGUCCCUUCCCCCGCCCCCACGGGGGCGCUGCGCACGGUGCAUUCUGGGGCUUGUAGUUCGCUGGCGGCUCUGCGCAGGCGCAGUAUCGGUGGGUGGGGCCACAGCCCUGCGAGUCUAGGUCGGGCCGGCAGCUCGGAGCUUUCCGGAAGAGAGCGGGCCGGAGAGGACUGUGCUCUUUGCCAAGAAACGAACAUGGAAGAGGAGGAGGGAAUGAUGUCUGGGCUCCUCCCAGCCAAGUCCCGGAAAUCAAUGACCUUCAAGGAUGUCUCCGUGGACUUCACCCAGGGGGAGUGGGGGCAGCUGGACCCUUCUCAGAGGGACCUGUACAGGGACGUGAUGCUGGAGAACUACAGGAACCUGGUCUCCUUGGAGCUUCAGGUUAUCAAACCAGAGGUGAUCUCCCGGUUGGAGCGAGGGGAAGCACCAUGCAUGCUGGAGAGAGAAGGCCUGAUAGGCUCCUGUCCAGAUAAUGAUAUGGGUCCUGGGUCCAUGGAGAUAGAUUCAAAGCAUGGCAUUCCUAUAGAAGAAUCAUUGCAAGAAAGCCUCCAAAUGAAUGUUCCCUUGGACAUUAAGUUGGAACAAGUCUGGGAAUAUGAUGCUGUGUUUGAGAAGCAACUUGGCAACCAUGACAGAGAUUUAAGGCAAGUAGCAGUCACCGACAAUAAUACUUCCAGUGAAGUGAAUGAUCAAGAAUAUAAUAAAUUUGGGAGAAGUUUCAGUAUGAUGUUAAUCACUGAUGCACAAGAGAAUGUUGCUAUUAAAAAAACUCUCCAUAAAUAUGACACACGAAAUAACUUCAAACAAUAUUCAGAGCUGGUAAGGCGCAGUAGAAUUGCCUUUGGGAAGAAAUCCUAUAAGUAUAAUGAAUGUAGCAAAGCUUUCAAUUAUCACUCAGAUCUUAUUCGAUAUUAUAGACUACCUGGUGGAAAGAAAUCUUAUGAUUUUGAUGAGUUAGGGCAAAGCUUCCCACAAAGGAGGCACCUUAUUCAAAAUGCUAGAAUUUCUUCUGGAGAGAAACCCUUUAAAUGUAGUGAGUGUGGCAUAGCAUUCAGACAAAGUAUGCACCUUAUUCAACAUCAGAGAAUCCACACUGGAGAGAGACCUUAUAAAUGUAGUGAUUGUGGACAAGCUUUCAGACAAAAAAUGCACCUAAUUCGACACAAGACACUUCAUAGUGGGGAGAAACCUUAUCAAUGCAAUCACUGUAUUAAAUGCUUUAGUGAUAGCUGGUCACUUGCUCUACAUCAGAGAAUUCACACUGGAGAGAAACCCUAUAAUUGCAGCGAAUGUGGAAAAGCUUUCAGACAAAAAAUUCACCUUACUCGACAUAAGACACUUCAUAUAGGGGAGAAACCCUUUAAAUGUAAUCAGUGUGGUAAAUGCUUCAGUGACAGCUCACCACUUCUUCUACACCAGAGAAUUCACACUGCAGAGAAACCUUAUAAAUGUGGUGAAUGUGGAAAAGCCUUCAGACAGAGUAUGUAUCUUAUCCGACAUCAGAGAACUCACACGGGGGAGAAACCCUUCAUUUGUGGGGAUUGUGGAAAAUCUUUCAAUGACAGCUCAGCCCUUACUUUACAUCAGAGAAUUCAUACUGGAGAGAAACCCUAUGAAUGCAAAGAAUGUGGACAAGCCUUCAGUCACAGUGGAAGCCUUACUCAGCAUCAGAGAAUUCAUACUGGAGAAAAGCCUUAUCCAUGCAGUGAGUGCGGUAAGGCCUUUAGGCAGUAUUCAGCCCUUGCUCACCAUGAGCGAACUCACACUGGAGAGAAACCAUAUAUUUGUACAGAAUGUGGAAAAGCUUUUAGUCACAGUGGAACCCUUACUCAGCAUCAGAGAAUUCAUACUGGAGAGAAACCCUAUGAAUGCAGUGAUUGUGGUCAAGCCUUCACUUAUCAGGCAAGUCUUACUAAGCAUCAAAGAAGUCAUACAGGAGAGAGACCUUAUAAAUGUAGUGAAUGUGGGAAAUCCUUCAACCAGAAUAUUUAUCUUACUCAGCAUCAGAGGAUUCAUACUGGAGAGAAACCUUAUAAAUGUGGUGAUUGUGGAAAAUCGUUUAGUCAUAGGGGAAGUCUUACUGCACAUCAGAAAAUUCACACUGGAGAGAAAUCUUGUAAAUGUCCUGUUUGUGGGAAAGCUUUCCGCCACAUGAACCAGGUUACUCAGCAUCUCAGAAUUCAUACUGGAGAAAAACCCUAUACGUGUAUGGAAUGUGGAAAAUCCUUUAGUCAUAGUGGAAGCCUUACAACACAUCUGAGAAUUCAUACUGGAGAGAAACCCUAUAAAUGUGGUGAAUGUGGGAAAGCUUUCAACCAGAACAUUUAUCUUACUCAGCAUCAAAGAAUUCAUACUGGCGAGAAACCCUAUACGUGUAAUAAGUGUGGUAAGAACUUCAGGCAAUACUCAGCCCUUAGUCACCAUGAGAGGACUCAUACUGGAGAGAAACCCUAUAUGUGUAUGGAAUGUGGGAAAGCUUUCAGUCAGAAGGGAACUCUUACCAAUCAUCAGAAAAUUCAUACUGGAGAGAAACCUUUUAUAUGUAGUGAAUGUGGAAAAGCCUUCAACCAAAAUAUUUACCUUACAAAGCACCAGAGAAUUCAUACCAGAGAGAAACCAUAUAAAUGUAAUGAAUGUGGUAAAGCCUUCAAGCAGGUCUCAGCCUUAAAGCACCAUAAGAGAAUCCAUAAUAGAGGGAAAACCCUGUAAUUGCAAUUAAUGUGAGUAAGCCUUCAGUCGGCAGGAAUGCCUUGGUCAGCAACAGGAAAGAAAUAAUACUGGAGGGUAAAUGUAGCCAGUAUACCAAAAUUCAGUGUGUGGAUCGUUAGCCUAGUUUCUUUUGAAUCCCAUUUAGGAGGCCCUGCACUAUGUCAGGGCUUUCUGUUAUUAGCACAUCCUACAAACAAGAGCACCUGGAAGACCUCGCCAUCAAUUGGGGAGUCCCUCUUGCACUUGGAAUCUGAGAAAGGACAUCAUGGUCAGCGAGCAUUUGUUGAAUGCCUGCUAUGGGUCAGUCACUGUGCUUAGGUGCUCAAGAUACAGAGACAAAAAUGAAACAGCCCCUGCCCUCAAGGAGCUUAUCUAUUGGGGGAGACAAGGACGUACAGACUCAUGUACAACAGGCUGUUUUUGGGGUGGAAGCAGUAGAAGCUGGGGGCAGGGGAGAGGGGAUCAAGAAAUCCCUCUUGUAGAAGGUGGCAUAUGAGCUGAGAUUUAAAGAAAACCAGGGGUUCCAAGAGACCGAAGUGGCAAACGCUUCCAGCAACACCUUGUUUGGCAAUUGUUGAAUGAGUUCCUUUUUGUUGUGUCUCCCAAAGAUCUUCAUGUGAUUUUGAUGUAUGCAUGGGAGACCCCUUGAUAGCAAGUAGUAAGCACAGGGAGAUCUUAAUAUUAUCUGCACCUUUCAGUUGUGUGAUUGUAAAGAUGUAGUCUGCUAUAGAAUAGAAGUUUCUGAAACCUGCUUAUUCCUUUCUCCUACUUUGAUCAAGAAUGUUCUUGAUGUGUGUCUAGAUUAUUCUCGUAAAAAUUUCGAAGAGCUGGAAAUGUAGGCAUAUAGGUUGGUAGUUAUCCUCAGUCUGACUCCUGUCUCAGCAACAGAGAAUUUCAUGCCGAAGGGGAAAAGGGUAUUAUUACUGUGAAUGUGGGAAACUUUUAGUCAACUCAGAAGUCUUUUUUUAUCAGGGGAAGAAACCCAUAAAUACAACUUGAAAUGUAGUUUGUGGAAUGGCCUUUCACCACAUGAACCAGGUUACUCAACAUCUUGAGAAUCUAUCCUGGAGAGAAACCCUAUACAUGUAUAUCAUACAGAAAAAGCUGUUAGUCCCAGUGGAAGCCUUAUUACACAUCAGGGAAUCUGUACUGGAGAGAAAUCCUAUAAAUGUUUCUCACAGUGAAUAUGAGAAGGCCUUCAUUUGUGGCUUGUUCUUCAGGUCAUAUUCCACAAAAGGGUUAUUUAGCAAUGUAAAUGUAAGUCAGAUCUCUUCUUUACCACACACUCCAGUUAUCAUUUUCCUAUAUGGGAUGGAGAAAUAUUAGACUCUCCACUCGCCAUCAAAAGAGUAUAGGUUCAUACAAGGCCCAUCGGGAAAUAUACAAAUGUUUCUAGCUAAAAUUACGUCUUCAAAAUGAGAGUAUUUCUUCAAGCAAAAAAGGGAACCAUUCAUCAAAACAAAAAUGUUACUUUCCAAACAUUGAGUUUAUAACAUUUUAGUGUGAGGAAAUAAGUGAAAUGUGUAGGUGAGCAGGUAACUUAUGGUAACUAAGGAGGUAAAGGACACUUAGCAAGUAGAAGAUGCCGAGAGCCAGAAAAUGGUUUGGAAGUGGAGUGGGGUUAGUGGGUUCUUGGCUGCGGCUAGCCUGGAUCUAAAGACAGGCCAUUAUAGAAGGGAAAACUUAUAGCUCUAGUUUGUCCUUGGGAUCGUCAGGUCUCAGUGUUUGAAAGUCGUUUAGUUUAAGACAGGUGCCAAAAAGAAACUUCUGGCCGGACUGGAAGGAAAUACAAAGCAAAAUUAUUUUCUUUGCUUGUUUUUGUAUGUUCAUUUGUUUCUACCAAUGUUUUGUAUGUUUGUUUGACUGUUUUUGUUGAUUAUUGGACUUAAUAAAAAGAAUUGAGAUGA